AUGAGCUCGAAUCCUGUAGAACAAAAACAAGAACAAGCACAAAUGGACUCGAUAAUAAAACCUUCAAGCCAAGAAACUACAAUGUCUCGUUCAGAAAAACUGACAUAUGUACUUGUUCACAAUCCCUUAAUUCCUCUUGGGUGUGUCAUGACUGUAGGAACGUUCCUGGUUUCAGGAUAUCAUCUGAGAAAAGGUAAUGAACUCAAGGCAAAUCGGUUUAUGAAAUACCGAGUGUUGUCUCAAGGGUUUACCCUUGCAGCCGUUGCGUUUGGGGUUUUGUUUAUGAAUCCUAAGCCCAAACCUGCUCCUCCUAAACCAUAUUAG